AGUGGUCCAACGUCUCUGGCCGCAAACAGAGCAGACACCGCCCCCUAGCGACAUGAUCCAAGCGAGCUCUGUAUCUGUUUUCAGCUAUUACUGCGUGUGUAAUCCUACACUAAAUGUCACCAAUAGGUUUUUUUUUCAACACCAGGCUACAUGGAGUUCAUCAUUCUCAGUUCAUCUUUAUUCUCAAACUUCCCACAAGCUGUGAGACCUGCAGGUGCUCACAGCAACUUUAAUGAACAUAUCAAUGAACGAAUCAAUCCAUUAAUGAAACACAUUUUUCAUGCAUAAAACUGCAAUUUAAAGUGUGCCACAUAAAUACCCCCCCAACACACACUCACACACACACACACACGCACACACACACACACACACACACACACACACACACACACACACACACACACACACACAAACAAGCAUACACGGAUGUAAGAUCAUACACACAAGCACAUACUGGUACUGUACACACACACAUACACACACACACAGUUAUAGGGGGAAUGAAAGCAGUGUCAUGUGACUUGUUUCACGUUGCGUUCAUGUGCAGGUGUUCAUUGACCAAAGCCCACAUUUGCUAUAAAAGCUGUCAUGGAGGAAUGUUCUUCGGUGUGUGUGUUCAGCCAAACGUGACUUUUACUUUAGCGGAUUUAUCAAGCAUGGGCCUUAACGGUACACUCACUGCUUAUCAGAUUGAUGUUCUCUCAACAGUGUAUUUGCUCUCAUUAGCUCCCAGCGUAAUUGGCAGCUGUUCUGUGCUGGUGGUUUCCAUUGUCAAAUGGAGGCAUCUGAAAGAACAGGUGAGCCUCCUCGUCCAGCUGUCCCUGGCAGACCUUGUGGCUGCUCUGAUCCUGAUGUUCACCAGUGCCAUGAACAAAGUCCGCACCGACGACAGUGUAAUAAUCUGUCAAUACAGUCUACCGUUAUCACUGACAUUUUAUCUGAUCUCAUUCCUACUGGUGGCAGUGUACGCAUGGAAAUCCAAAAACUCCAUCAAAGGAUGGCGAACCACGCCUGCUGAGGACGAGGGGAGGCGGAGUCAAUUCGGAAGUAUACUAUUUUCUUUACCAGUGUACAUGUACGUAUGGUUGUUCCCUGCUGCUGUUUACUUGGCAUAUGUGCUAACUCCCUUCAUCAAAUACACUCCAUUGAUUCCCGACACCCGAAGCGUCACCACCCAGGACCAUGCUAAAUACUGCACCAGUUGCAUUUUGUUCUUGCACAUCUGGUGUGAUUCCUGCUCAGAUGCUGAGAUAAUCCAUGACACUUUUAUGCGAGUCUUUGUAUUCUUGGUGGUGAUUCCUGUGAUGCUGUCAUGCUGUGUUAUUUACUAUAAGGUGGGCAGAUGGUACGAAGAGCACAAACAGGAGGCUCUUUUCCCAGUUGAAGGAGACGGACUUUCCGUUAGGAGAUUGAAAAGUGUCUUUGCCACAGCCAGGAAUAUGCUCAUGGUCAUCUUGUUCUGUUGGGCACCAGCCCUGCUGAUCAUUUUGCUGUCAACUUUGAUGGUGUGGCCUGGUAUUGAACAAAGGAACCUGUUUGCAGCCUACAUGAUACAGGCUGCCAGUGUGUCCUUGCAAGGCUUUCUCAACAGUUUGGUGUACGCAUGGGGACGUCGCAACUUUACACGGGCCGUGGUAGGGGAAAGCACACCCCUGAUUGCAUAUAGACACAUGGCCUUCUUUGACGAGUCACUGAAGAAUGAUGUCAGGCAAGAAAACAAGACUUUCUUGUAAUAUGAUGGAACUCAGGCUGGAAGGAAGAGAAGAGCAGGUGGAGGAUGAACAAAGACUGGUGCAAUGUUGUCUGACUGAAAUUGCUGAGCUGCAGUGCGGCUGAAUCAAACUCUUAUUUAUACUCACGUGUGCUAAAAUGAAAUAAUAAAAAAAUAUACCAUGGUUCCUACAAGCCCAGCAAUUUACCA